AUGCCCUAAUUCUAUUUCUUCUCCGUAACGUAAACCCUCCCAAUUCCACACUGCUUUUCUCUUAGAAAAAUGGAGGAACAAGAGCCAGCCUCAUCAAACGAAAUCCCCAAGCCCAAAGAAGCAAUCUUAUGCGAAGAAUGCCAAGAAAAUCCGUCCAAGUAUAAGUGUCCUGGUUGUUCAAUUCGCACUUGUAGCCUUGUUUGCGUCAAAGCUCACAAGCACCGUAUUGGUUGUUCCGGGAAGAGGAGCGUCACCCAGUUCAUUCCUCUUUCUCAGUUCAAUGAUAAUAUUCUACUCUCUGAUUACAAUUUGCUUGAGGAAAUAAAGAGGGUUGCUGAAUCUGCUCAGAGACUGAGAGAUAAAUUAUGCAGGCAUUCUUAUUUUAAGCUACCAUUCCAUCUCCGGAGUCUUAGGAAUGCUGCUGCAAGCCGAAGGACAAAACUUUUGCUUCUCCCUGGUGGAAUGACAAAGAGGGAAAAGAAUCAAACUCGAUAUGACCAAAGGAAGAAAUCCAUCUCAUGGACUGUUGAGUGGCGUUUCCAUUCAACAGAUGUUGUUUUAGUCAACCAUGGAGUGCACGAAGACACAAAUCUCUGCUCUAUAAUUGAGAACCAUCUAAAACCCGGUCCUUGGAAUCAUAAGCUAAGACAAUUCUCUGAGGAGCUGCUGGACCGCCUCAAGUUUUUUAUACCCAAAUAUCCAAAGGGGCCUAAGUCACCUUUCCGUGAGUUGGACAUAAAGGCUCCAUUAAGACAACAAUUAUCCAAUAUAGUUAUUCUGGAGUACCCUGUAAUUUAUGUUUUUCUCCCUUCACGCAGCUAUGAUUUUGAGGUUGAUUCACAACGUCUCACUAGUAGGCCUGUGCUCAGGGAUCCUGUAAGCAAUGACCAUCAAAGCCCAAAAGGUAUUCUGUUCAGGGAAGAGGAAAUAGAAGAUGUUAUCUCUACAGAUCCUCAAGUCUGUGAUAUCAUGAGGUCUGUGAAUCGAGGUCCAUUGCCUGGAAUGCCUAAUGAAACCAGUAUGACUGAGAAAGAAUCAAACAACUUGGAUACACCUUCAUUGACAAGAGUGGCAGCUGACAACAUAUUAUAUUCAAACUCAAAGGUGGAGGAACGAGGAGUGCCUGAAGAUAUGGAGUUUGAUUUUGAUCAAGGCUUAAUAGAUGCAUACUCGGAUCUCAUCGCUGAAAUUAAUCCUGAUGACUUUCUUGAUUUGGAUGGUAUAUUUGCUAAGGAAGCAAGUGGGCAAGAAACAGGAGAUCUUUUAAAUUCAAAAAGAGAUUAUUUAAGGGAGGAAGAAUUGGAGGAAGGAGAGAUUGCAGAAUAGUUGAUAAUUAUUGUUUUCCUUUAAAAAAAUCUGAGGGGGUUAAAAAAGAAGGAAGUGUGAAAGAAGGAUCUCCAAAAUGUUUUUGCGUACUUUUCCUGAUCAUAGAGAGUUGAUGCCCCAGGCUCCCACCAGAGGUUUAUGAAGUAAAAUUCUAUAUACUAUUGGCAUGAAAUAUAGAAAAAUUGAAAAACAAUGUUCCCCUUCAGUAUUGAGCACAAGAAGGCUAUCAUAUAUGAAUGCAUAUAUAUAUCAACUGUAAUCCGAUGGUGAAGUCUAACUGAGACUAUCGGCUCAAGGCUAUGGUUUUUUAAUCAAAUAUAAUUCUUUUCACUGUUUAUUGAACAUUAUUCAUGAUUCUAGUAAUGAAAAGCUACUGUAUAUUCAUUUUCA